GUUGCUCAUCGCUCUUGCAUGACUUCUUCUAAAACGCCAUCCAGGAAGGAAUGUCUCGAGAUACUGUAUCUCUCGGUCCGCACCUACCUGCCAUUACCUUGGAUAGGUAAGUAAGGUAGGUAGGUUUGCCCAUAGAUUGUGACCUCCUGCAAGUUUCCCAGCCUGCCCCUCUGUGAGUUUCGAUGCUUUGGACUCUCCUUUGAUGUUUGGUCUAUCCCAUUCAUGACAUCUUCUUCAUCAUUCAUCAUCACAGCCAUGUUUGGACGACUCGUCUGAAGCCGCUUUUUUGGUGUAGUUGGGUUUUCUUGGAACCAGCACUUUGUUAAUUUCUUGGACCUUACCUCGUCGCUCUCUUUUCAUCAUGGCUCUCGUGAACCCUUCAGUCUUGCCCGAUGUUUCUCGUAGCAUCCCUAUUUCAAGACAUUUCAGUUGGACAGCCGGCUUUCCGUAUAUAUCACGAUUUGAUUCCCACGACAGCCUUCGCAGAUUAUAUGACAUUCAUUUGCCGUCGAGAUUGGAUGAACUUCGCCUUGAUGAUAUUAAUACAUUCACAACCUUGAAUUGCACUACCCAGCAUGCGAGUUCUGAAAGAGCAACUACCACACGCACGAGGCCUUCUUGUCCGCAGAUACAAGUCGAAACUAUUCAAGAGAUCCCAUGCAACCAAUCUUUCGCUGAGAAUGUCAAGCUUCGGAGGCCUUUCUGUAGGUGGAUGAGAUCAUUGCAUCGUCGAGUGAGUCAAAGAGACCACGGAAAAGUUUGGUCUCCAGAUACUGGAUGGGAAAAUCUCGAGUGCAGUGGAGCUUAUCAGCGGUCAAUUCGUCGCAGACUCAGUCGUCGGCUCUCGUCUUCGGGGUCUUCGCUUGGUUUCAUCGAAGCAGUUCAAAGUGCUAGUAUCAGCAUUGCUAGUGCCAGUGCCAUCUCGCGCUCGCGCCGGCAUCAUCGCCUUUCACAUUGCCGGUCACGGACUGAGCGAAGCAGUCGAGCUUCUCUGUCUGCCCCAAGGUUUUCUGAGGACAGUAUUCCGUUCGAAAAGGUCAGCAUUGAUGUUGCUGCCGUCCAGCGUUCUCUGCGGCGCCGGCAGAUCAUCGAGGAGCUCAUCAAUACGGAGGAAAGUUAUAUUGGUGACAUUCGUUUCCUUAUUCAUACCUACAUCAACCUGCUCGCUGCUCUCCCAACUUUACCUGAGCGGCUACGCUCGUCCAUCAAUCACAAUCUCGAUCAAAUUCUUCAGCUCCACGAAGAAAUACUCGGCGAACUACAUAGGGUAGUUCCAGAUUCUGAGUACAGCCAAGCUGACCAUCUUAUCAUAUCCUCCUCAAAAUUAAACAAUCCCAAAACUAGACAUCGCCGAUGGUCAAGUUUGGAUAUGGCCCCAGGCGAUCAAGGUAGCCUCCAGUUACUAGAAAAGGAGCCUGGUGUGUUGUCUGAGCCUCAGGUAGCAGCAGAUGCGGCCAAGAUUUUCAGGAAGAGGAUGCAUCGGUUCUUCAUGUAUAAGGAAUAUGGUGCAAAGUAUGAGAUGAUGAUCAAAGACGCCACUUCAGCUCUGGAAAACCUCCCCGAAUGGGAGUUGCAUCAGAAAGGGCUUGAGGCUUUCGCGUUCACUAUGGAGUCAUCACCAUCGUCUGAUAGCAGAAAGGCUCGAACCAUAGGUGAUCUUCUUGUUAAGCCUAUUCAAAGAAUGUGCAAAUACCCCCUUUUGUUUGCAGAGCUACUAAAGUGCACCCCAGUCAUCGACUGUCCAAACUCUCACAUGGAAGUUGAAACUACACUAAUGAGGCUCCGGGAGGCCACAGCUGAGAUCAAUCGCUCAACUGAGGAUAACUUGAUGAAAAGCAUCCUUGAAAAGACCUGGCUAUUGCAGGAUCGUAUCGUGUUUCCAAACAGGAGACUCGAUGCGCAUUCGAAAAAUCAGGUUCGUUCGUUUGGUCACAUUCAGUUGUGUGGAGUCUUGCAUGUAUGUUGGCAGUCACCGGCCGGCGUUGACGGCCAGUAUAUGAUCUGCUUACUCUACAAAGACGUCCUUUGUCUGGCCUCUGGAGGAAAGUUUGAGCCUAUCUACAAGAUUCUGGCCUGCAUUGAUGUACAUUGUUCAGCUGUUGAAGAUGCUGACAAUGGGCGCGGCUUGCAAUGCCACCUAGCUCCCUUCUCUUGGAAGCUUGUUUUCGAGAGCGAUCAUCAACUUUACGAGGUGGUAAUGACGGCUUGUACGUCAAGGGAGGAGAACGAAUGGCGAACCCGGUUGCAGCAACCUCUGUGUCAAGAGCCUGUUGGUAGAUCUCUUGGUCUUCAAAUAUUUCUCUCUCUUGGCAUUCAAAGUCUAGGCACUGUGUUCGGACGACCUGGAAGUAUCGCGAGGAGCCUAUCGACGCAUCAGGCAUCUGUGGGAAGCUCCGAGCCAUGCCAUGUCAUUCUCAAGAAUACAAGUACCAUGAAAUCUAGUAGUGGUACCAGCUCCAGAGCUGGCCUCCAUCGUUCACAGUCUUUGUUGUCAACAAAAGUCAGAACGCCAGUCCUGGUACCAUCUCGAAGUGAAAGAGCGCGGCUGGAGGUGCUUCUCUCAGACGUCUGGAGUCAAGAUGUCCUUCCCCUUCCUAGCAUGACGAACAUUUCGCGGAAUGAGCAGAUGAUCAGGCGGUCAGCAUCAACCGUGAUGAGAAAGUUGAGUGUAUCCAGCAUGACGAAGAGGUCAGGAAGCUUGUCACGCAGAAUGAUCGAGGACCCAUCGAGUGAAGACCAGACCCGCCAGACCAGUUUUUCAAGCGAUAGUGGCUUUGGCAUCUUUGACAAGGCUGGUCGUGAGGAGAGCUCACACUCCUACGCAAGUAAAGGCUCAGCGCUCCCAGAGACUCGAGAGCUCAGCGAGGAGGAUGAUCAUGUAUCGGACAUGUCUCCAAGGCUGGAGCUCACGCAGAUAUCUGAACUCAAACCUUUUGAUUUGAUUGAGAUUAUUUCAGACAAGCAACUGCAAAGUGAGGCAGAAAACACAUCAGCUCUACAAGACUGUAUCACAAACAGGCUCCAGACCAAUUCUCCACCAAAUGAUUCCAGAACAGCAACACUCUCUGUUGCGAAGGAGAACCUGUCUCGCUUGGCUGAUUCCACCGCCAUUCAGAGCACAGAUGUUCCAUGGGAGAAAGAGAAAAGCUCGAAAAACGAAAAGAAGUGCACAGGCAUUCGCAGAUUCUUUCGGUGAGAAACUGUUAUGAGGGCACUGGUUGGCUAUGACGUUUUAUACAUCUCUAGUAAAGCUGUGCUGUGUUAUCAGUUCAAAGAUGAUGGGAAACUACCUAGGCAUUGCAUUUUAUUAUUAGCAUCACUAAGGUACCUAAUAAGGUACUGAUGUCCAACUAGUCGAUCGUUACGUUACUCUAGUAAGCUUAUGUAGUCUAACUCGGUGGUUUCUGAAUAGCACUUUAAGGCUGGGGGAUUCUCGCCUAAUGUUAAUUGUUUGGUUUCAAACCAUCAGUUUCCUUGAGUUUGAUGGGAUGUCGUAAUCCUGCCUUUACUGGAUAAUGCACAUAUCAUGAAGUUGAAUCCUCGGCAUCAUGCAUCAAGCCAAUGCCCCCCUAAAGAGAAACAGACCAAGACAGCAUUCACAGAAAAUAACAUUAUGGCUUGCCAAGGCAACGAGAAAGAAGAUGAUUUGUUCCUGGCGUGGAAGACGAGAG